AUGGACCAGAGGGUCAUUCGUGGGCUUCCGAGAGAGAUGGCAGUCAAUGACAUCAAAGAGGAUCUGGUGAGCCAAGGCAUCGCAGACGCCGUGGUUCAGCAGCUGACCUCAAGGACCACAAAGAAGCCACUUCCGCUCUUCCUCGUCAAGACGAAGAUGCCGGAAAAGCUUGCAGAGAUCCAGAGGCUGGCCAUGCUCACGGUCAGCUUCGAGAGGAAGAAAAAGUCUUCCGAGCCCAGCCAGUGCUACCGCUGCCAGCGGUACGGGCACACACAGCGGAACUGCCGUCUCGCUGAACGCAUCGCUUUCAUGUUGCUUUCGUCUGAAGAUGAAUCAUUCAACUUGAGGCUUCCGCUGGAUUCUGAACUUGAACUGGAGAGGGAAGAUAUCUUUCCGAAUCCUUUUGAGGCUUUUAAAUAA